AUGCAGACGCAGUAUUUCCGUUCGCCGAAUAGCCAAAGCCAACCGGCCGUUUCUUAUGAGUUACCGCCGGUGCAGUCGGUAACCUCGCCCUCAGGGCCUUUUCCACAGACUGGCCCUCCGCCUGCUCUUCUUUCCGCUCCGCCGAGUAGACCCGCUAGCGGAUUGAGGAUGGCUCAUCUUCUACAACCGUUACCGCACCAGAUAUCAAAUCCACCCCCGCCACCUCCGCCUUCUUCUUACUCACGAUCGUAUGAAUCAAGCGGCUCUCCGGCGGAGGGCGCGUCUAUGCUCCCAGAUGCGCCACCGCUCAAUGGCUCUGCUCCCGGAUCAUCGGGGCUUCUUCCCCAGCCCAGUGGCGCUGGCCAGCAGCAGAUGCAGCAGCCGUUACAACAAAAGCGAGCGUAUCGGCAGAGAAGGAAAGACCCCAGUUGCGACGCGUGUCGUGAGCGCAAAGUUAAGUGCGACGCUUCGGAAUCGUCUAGUUGUACAGAAUGUACAAAUCGAAAAGUACGAUGUCAGUUCACGAAGGAGACCAACAGACGCAUGUCAUCUAUCAAGCAAGUACAGGACUUGGAAAAACAGCUUUUAUCGACUAAGCAGCAAUUACAACAGCUGCGAUCGGGCAUGCUGAGGCCGGACAACCUAGUGGAUCUUGAUGUCGACGGAACCGGACAGUCUCAGUUGAAGCUCCCCGACAUUGGGUAUCGGCCACCACGCCAGCCAAAGGCCCCAAUUUCACAAAAUUUAAGCGAAGCUAGAGCCAAUCUGCGAAAUUAUGGAAGAGGGAUUCUGAAAGUACCAACGCCGUAUCGUCAGCCGGGUCCCAAAUCGCUACUCGCAUCCGAUCCUCCACCGCUUCCGCAAAAGGAUGUUGCAGACCGUCUCCUCUCGCAAUAUUACGCAUGCAUUCAUUCUGUUCUGCCAGUGAUCCAUUGGCCAAGCUUCAUGAUGGAUUAUGAAAAGGUGUACCAAGCCGGUUCGCUUCUAGGCGUCCCUCGAGAAUGGGCGGCCGUGUUGUUUGGGAUCUUUGCUUGUGGCUCUCUGCACACACUCGAAAAGACUAGGGAGCACGACGGCAAAGAGUUCAUCAGGACCUCUUGCGGGGUUAUCGAUGUCUGGAAGGACAACUUCACCUUGGAUCAAGCGCGAGCUGCCCUUUUGGUCAGUCUCUUCCUCUUCGAAGUUAACGCGAAGUCAGCCAGUUGGGUAUGGGUUGGAUCUGCGGUGAGAGUAGCGCAGGAGAUAGGACUGCAUCUCGAGUCGGGACCGUGGUCAGCUCUUGAAGGGGAAAUGCGCAGGCGGGUAUGGUGGGGUUUGUAUGCGUGGGAUAGGCUUCUCGCUCUGGAAAUGGGAAAGCCUGUUCUCAUUAAUGAUCAAGAUUGUGACGUUAAUCUUCCUUGUCCGGUCGACGAGCAGUAUAUCUCGGAGGGUGGUAUUGUUCCGGAAGGCCAGCAGACUACCCCUCUCCUCGCCACUAUACAUGUUGUUCGGUCGAUUGGUCAAUUGGUUCGAACGUUAAGAAGCUCCACAAUCAGCCCGGCAACCUUGGAGAUAUUCGAACGACAUUUUCAUACUUGCCUAGCCACCUUCCCUGCGCAAUAUCAUCCCCAGUCCGAUCAAUACCUUGAUCCCCGGUCCAUCCUCCCCCUCAUAUACCUGCAAAACGCCCGUCUCAUCCUCUAUCGCCAUAACAUUUCUCCUUUCUGUUCCCCUGAGGUCCGGUCCUCAGCAUUGGAUUAUUGCGUUUCGAUCUCUCAGGACACCGCUCACCUUCUUUCACGUUGCAUGCAGGACCCUCCAGGUCUUCAUGGCUAUUCUUCACCUACUGGGAAUGAUGAUUGGAGGACAUUGUUGGCAUCCUCCGCAGGCACUGUGCUGUGUACCCACAUCUGGCGUUGUGUGCUAGUGCUGUUGUUCCGCCAAGAGUACGAUGCUGCGCUGGUAUGUGUCCGGGCAAGUGCUGUGGUUGGAGACUCCCGUUCGGUCAAUGCAGCGUGCGGACGAUACAUUGCAUUUUUCUUGAAGUGCCUUCUGGACCUACACCGUCGCCUCGACAGUGUGGAUCUCGAGAGGGAUGAAGAAAUGCUAGCGUACGUGUCGGGCGACAUGCAAGGCAGCACUGGUGGCAGCUGGGUGUGGCAAGGCAGCGAAACUGGCUCCCAGCUGGAGAUGUUGACCGACUUCGGUAGUCCGGUCCCGAUGCCGCAUCCUACUGGAAGAGAUAAUCUGUCUACCGGAGAAGCAGAAGAUUGGGAUGGCUGGGACUGGGUUGAACAGACCGUUCAGUAUCUAAUCAGCGAGAAACAGAAGCGGCGGCAGGAAUAUAAUAGAAAUGAUGUGCAAUGUCUUCCGACGCCGACAGACCCUGCAUACCUCACCCGCGAGACUACAAGUGGGGGUGAUGAACCAGUGCCUCAGCAACAAUCAACCUCAUCACAUUCACGCAUGACAAUCGCGAGCAUUAUCUGA